GGGAGUUUCUUUACUGGAACUUGGCAUGCUUUCACAUUUUGUAAUACCCACAAUUUCUCCUCCUCAGUUCGUGCUGCAUUUUUCAACAGAAUAGCUUUAUUCCCCCCGAGAUUUUUUCCCAAAAAGUUAUGCUUUGAAGCACCACAAGUGAUAAAGUCAACUGUACAGUUCAUAUCAGUGGAGAUUUCUAUCAGCAUUUCGGCAAAAUGUACAACUUAGCUACAAAGCGAAACUCAGGAAAUCCAUUCUAUCGACCAUGGAUGGACCAAAAUGGUGCUGCAGCAGCUGCAGGAGGAGCCGGCGGAACCAGUGUUAAGGGCAUCGUAGCUGGAGGUAUUACAGGUGGCAUUGAGAUUUGUAUCACAUUCCCCACCGAAUAUGUGAAGACACAACUGCAACUGGACGAGAAGGGUGCCCUGAAGAAAUACAAUGGCAUUUGGGAUUGUGUGCAGAAAACCGUGAGAACUAAUGGAUUUUUCGGUCUCUAUCGUGGUCUCAGUGUACUAUUGUAUGGUUCAAUUCCAAAAUCUGCUGUUCGUUUUGGGGCAUUUGAGAAGCUAAAGGGGCAAAUGAUGAAUGAUAAGGGUCAAUUGUCGAAUAGUGGGAAGUUAUUGGCGGGUUUGGGAGCGGGUGUUGCUGAAGCAAUUUUUGCCGUUACCCCUAUGGAGACCAUUAAGGUGAAAUUUAUCAAUGAUCAACGCAGUGCCAAUCCCAAAUUUAAGGGUUUCUUCCAUGGUGUUGGGGCUAUUGUGCGUCAAGAGGGUAUUUCGGGGGUGUAUAAGGGUUUAACGGCUACGAUCAUGAAACAGGGCUCCAAUCAGGCCAUUAGGUUCUAUGUGAUGGAAAGUUUGAAGGAUUGGUACAAAGAUGGGGAUCCACAGAAACCUGUGCCUAAGUUAGUUGUAGGUGGUUUUGGUGCUCUUGCUGGUGCUGCAUCGGUUUAUGGUAAUACUCCAAUUGACGUUGUAAAGACACGCAUGCAAGGUCUAGAGGCGGCAAAGUACAAAAAUACAGCGGAUUGUUUCAUGAAAAUCUGGCGCAAUGAAGGUCCCUUGGCCUUCUACAAAGGCACCGUGCCACGUUUAAGUCGUGUCUGUCUCGAUGUAGCCAUCACCUUUAUGAUCUACGACUCAUUCAUGGAGCUCUUCAAUAAGUUCUGGAAGUAGUUGGCAUAUGUAGAACAAGGGAUAGUAGCGAAAUUCUUAAUUUCUGCAACUUGCUGCAUUUUCUUCUUAUUUAUUUUUGUUUUUUUUCUAUUUUUGCUGUUUAAAUCAUUCUUAAGUCUCCUCAAAAUCACGGAAAAAAUUGGUUGUGGAGAGAAAGAUAAGUUUUUAGAAGUUUCAAAAAAUUAUCUUUCAUCAAAUUUGCAAGUCCAAAAACUUAAAGAAAUACAAUCCCCAAAAUGUACAUGAAGAAGAAGAAAAAAACAAUAUUUUUAUAAAAGUAAAUAUUUUAGACUUUUUCACAAGUUACCAAGAUAAAAGAAAUUAUUGAAGAAUUUACAACGAUUUUGUAGAUACAAUUUUUUGUAAAUGGUACCACAAAACGGGUUCAAUAUUAUACACAUUCCGGGAAUGAUAAAUAACUUUAUUCUGGCAUUUAUAUUUAUAUAACAAGCAUAUUUUCUUAUUUUAUACGCAUUAAAUCUCUUUUUCUUAUUUACUUUUCUUUGUUGCACAUUUUUCACUUGCAUGAAUCUACCAAUUUUUUAGAGAAUGAGUAAUAAAUAUAUCUAGUCUUGGACACAAGUGUAUAAAAUACAUGUACUAAUUGCGAUGAUUACAUAAAGUAAAAGAAGAAAUUGUUUAACUGGAAUUAUCAUUGAUUGCUUAAAGAAUUUUAUUGGAAGUGUUAUCAAUUUAUUGCCAAUUUUGUGUUUCAAUCAUAAAGGUCGUGAAGCAGAAAAAUAAAAUAUUUUAAAAAGAA